AUGCAAAGAAUUGAGUCUAAUUUGAAUGAUAAAAAUCCUAAUAUUGGGUCAGAAAAAGGAACAACUCAAAACAUUGUACUAGCUGUUAGUGACGUUAACAUUAAUACUGAUGAAUCUGAUGGAAAAACUAAGCUGGAAACGCGGAUUAGUACUAAAGAGAGAAACAUUUUGGGCAGUGGUAGCACUCAAGAUAACAAAAACACUGAGAAUACUGUACAACAAACUUCGAGCAGCAGUGCUUCCCAGAACAAUGAUUUGAAAGAUAGACAAGAACAUCUCUCUGACAAUGCUGGCUCUCUAAUAGGGAAAAUUUUAGUAAUGAUAAGAUAA